GUCAAAUGACCAGAGGAUCCAGGGUAGAGGAGUCGAUGUUGUUGACAGCGACAAGAAGUCUAAAUAUGAACAAGCAAACCACAAUUAUUAUUUCUUCAGAUACCCAGCAGCUCUUGGCCAAACUCGGGCGUGAGAAUCCCGUAACACAUCAGAUUAUCUAACCGAGUCUUUUCGAGUCCAUCCCGCAUGGGCCGGUGAGAUAAUGUCUUCAUAUGACAAGGCCACCCAGCCCGAGGCGUACCCGUUGAAGAGGACUGCUCAUUGUCCGAAUAAUGACCUCCCAGUCCUCAUAUAUCGUGACGUUCUCCAGUCACUCAACGAGGACAGUGCAUCAGAAAGACUUCAGCGUCACGGUUGGGAGAAAAAGGGAACUUGGGGCACUAUCAGCCUGAAGCACUUUCACCCAAAUACUCAUGAGUGUUACGGCGUCUUUCAAGGCAGCUCCGAGCUAGUCUUUGGCGAAGGGGUCUCGGAUGAAAUCGGCAGCGGAGUACGAUGUGUAGUGCGAGCCGGCGAUGUCGUCGUCGUUCCAGCAGGCGUAGGGCAUGCCUCUGUCUCAAAGGCGGAGGGAGCAGCGGAUCCUGUUGAGGGGGAGCCCGAGUAUCGAUACGUUGGAGUGUAUCCUAGAGGUUCGCCUCAUUACAAAUACGAAAUCGGCAAGAAGACGUUGGAGGAGAAGAGCGGGCUGAUAGCAGAGGUUUCUGCCGUUCCCGUACCGCCCAAUGAUCCCCUAUACGGGCUUGAUGGGCCGUUGGUGAGGAUUUGGAAUAACUCAAGAGGGACAUUUACGUCUGUUGGGUAGGCACUCAAAGAGAGCAACUCAUGAUGAUGGAGUAUAAUUACGAUCUGAGAUGGACGUGGAGAAGGAGGUUUCCGCAUUGGCCAGGGGUACUAUCAGCAGCCGUUCCCUGCAAAGCAGAGGAUCAAACAAUAUUCAUUGAUAUCAGUGACCUGUGUCAAGGAGCCUGGCGCGGCG